CCUCAACUUUUUCUCCAUCAAAACAAGAAACUCAAAAUGCAGCGGAUUCUCCGGAAAAACAUAAGAUUAUUCAGUGAUUUUGUGAGAAAUCGCAAUCCAGUCAAUGCAGAACUCAUUGGAGUAGCAAUAAAGCCCGAUGGGUACUAUUUGGAGAAGAAAAAAGAGCUCUUCCACAACACGCUUCACAUUGAACACACAAACACCACAGUUACAGCUAAAAUCAUCAAUCCCCACCGGCAAAUCACCGUCCUGAAAGUCUCAACGCAAGACUGGUCUCUCAAGAAACAUCUCUACAAACUAAAUGACACUGCAGCAUUUGUCCUCCUGGCAAAAGUUCUGGCCGAGAGAUGUCUUCAAGCUGGAGUCACAGAGCUAGCUCCUUCAUCUAGCAUAAAAUUCGGCAGUGAAUUUCCCAAACACAGCGCUUUCCUGGAGACAAUGACCAAAAAUGGAGUGUCCAUGAUUGAGAUAUAA